AUGGGUAGAGUUUUGAACGCGUUCACAAGAGUUCGGGAACGGCGCCGCACCAAACAGUUCAAACUGAACCAUGUACCAUUGUGUACACCGCAGUCGGCCCUUGACAAGAAGAUUUUCUUCCCCAACUGGCAGCCUAGACCAGAAUGGAAACACCGUCGAGGCGUUGACUUUGUUGGUAACGCUUGUUGGAUUUUCACGAGCCCAGACGACCCAACCCUUCGUCUUGACGAAAUGCAACUGAAACUUUACCGAAAUCUUUCUUUCCAGCCGGUAUUCGAGAAUGGCGGAAUCAUAUACAAGCGCGCCGAUGACCCUCCGCUCACGUGCAUCACGAGUCCAACUGCUUUGGACACCGCAAAGCCGUAUUGUGCGGGGACUUACCGAUAG